UCUGAACCGCCUAAUUGUUUUUUUUCUGAAGGCCAGAGAGGUGUUUUUUUUUCUCUAUAGUUCAUCUGAAGGUGCAAUAAGAUGCAGGGGACUUUUUUUGUCUUUCUUCAAACUUUUUGUGCAGAGCGGCUUCAACUGUCGAGUAUGAAGGCAGUGUAAAGUUUGCGUCCUCCAGAUUUGACAGGAACUACCAAACAAAAGCAAACUUUGAGCAUUGCUGUCUCUUUACAGAGCCCUGCUGCGGUCCACCAUGCUGGCGGCGCUGACCCUGGCCUGCCUCGGCGUCCUGGCGAGUCCGUCGGACCUCUGCCCGCCCGCCUGCCGCUGCAUCCAGAACCUGACCACGGUGGCGUGCCGGGAGAAAGGCCUGGAGCGGAUCCCGGAGCUGCCGGCCGGCGCCGAGAGGCUGUACGUCCCCUACAACCAGAUCCAGGAGCUGCCAGCCAGCGGGCUGCAGGAGCUGCAGGUCCUGGACCUGACGCAGAACCGGCUGAACCUCUUCGUCUCUCUCAACCCGGUUUGGCCCGAAAUGCCCAGGCUGACCAAGCUCCUCCUACGAGACAACGGCCUGGAGAAGCUCCACCCCGCCCAGUUCCUGAGUUGCCCCGCUCUCGCCUUCCUGGACCUGAGUAGGAACCAGCUCGGGCGGCUGCCGCCCGGGUUCCUGCGGGGUUUGGCCCGCCUGAGGACCCUGUUUCUGACCUUCAACCGGAUCGAAGUGCUCCCGGCGGGGGCGCUGGCGGGAGCCCCCAGCCUCACCGAGCUCCACCUCAGCGCCAACAGCAUCGCGCUCAUAGAGGACGGGGUCUUCCGGGAUGCCGCCGGGCUCCAGAAACUGGUCCUGUCUCACAACAGGGUCGGACAUGUGGGAGAGGCCGCUCUCAGGGGAGCGUCCGGACUCAGACACCUGGACCUGAGCGGCAACCAGCUGCUCGAGGUUCCCGCCGACGCACUGAGAGAAGCGGGCCAGUUGGGGUUCCUGAGCCUGGCCAUGAACAGCCUGCCCGUCCUUCCCGAGGACGCCUUCUCCUCUCUGGGGACGCUGGGCCAGCUGGACCUGAGCAGCAACAACCUGAGCUCCCUGUCGGCCGGCUCGCUGGCGGGUCUGGCCAACCUGACCGACCUGGAUCUCAGCGUGAACCUCCUGGCCUCCCUUCCCUCUGGAGCCUUCAAAGACCUGGUCCGCCUCGAGUUCCUGGACCUGUACAAGAACAGGCUGCGGUCGCUUCCCGUGGACGUUUUCGACAACCUGACGAGUCUCCAGGAGCUUCAGCUGGACAACAACGAGCUCUCCGACCUGCCCGUGGGGGUUUUCGAUGCCCUGCACAGACUGAAGGAGCUCCAGAUCUCACACAACCGGAUCCGGACGCUCCACCCUGCUGUGUUCGCCAAACUCAGGUCACUGGAGAAGCUGAACCUGGAGCAGAAUGCUCUGGAAGACCUUCCCAAAGGGCUUUUUCACAAGCUGAGAGCCCUCAAGGAGCUGCACCUCCAGGAGAACCACCUGAAGUCCCUCCAUCCCUCCGUCUUCCACGGCUUACCGAGACUGGACACGUUGAGACUUUCCAGCAACAACCUGUCCGUUCUACACCGGGACCAGUUCAGGGACCUCUCUGGUUUGAAGGAGUUGAUGCUGGACGGGAACCAGAUCGUCUCACUACCCCCAAAUGCUCUGGCGGGCCUCGGGAAGCUGGCAACGCUGGAUCUGAGCAGCAAUCGUCUGUCAGAGCUGUUUGUUUCCAACUUUGAAAGCCUGACACACCUCAAAGAGCUCAGUCUGGGUUUCAAUCGGCUCCACAAAAUCGCCGUGGGCAGCUUCCGUUUCCUCCCGAACCUCCGCAGGCUUCUGCUGCACAACAACAGCCUGGACAGUUUACCCCGGCAGCCCUUCGUCGGGCUAGCGAAGCUGAAGGAGCUCAACCUGGACGGGAACCGGCUGGCCGGCCUGGAGCCGGACGUCUUCCGGGGACUGACCGAGCUCAAGAGGCUGAACCUGAGGGCCAACCGGCUGCGGGCGCUGCCGGCAGGGACCCUGGAGCCUUUGAGGAAGCUCAGCACGGUGUGCUUGUCGGGGAACUUCUGGGACUGUGGCCUGGACACGCGCUACGUCUGCAGCUGGGUCUCAGCCCACGGGAACAAACUGGGAGACCAGCCCGUCUGUUUCAGCUCCUCCCAGUCUGUUUCUGAGAACCGCCCCCCCACGGGGCUCGCAAGCUACUGCAGCUCGAGCGCUGCACGCCGAGCGUUCUCGCUUCCGUUGGCAACGCUGAGUCUGCUCGCCCUGCUUCUGGCGGGUGUUUGCCCACAAUGACUUCCUCAAAGGUGCGUGACCUCUUUGCUUUUUAAGCUUGCUUUUGGUUUCCGGGGGAACUUGUAUGAAUGUCAAACGACGCACUCAAUAUUUUCCCUGAAAAAUUAUGUAAAUACGCUGAAGUAUGAGCUAAAUUUUAGUGAAUUCAACCAAAGAUCGAGAGGAAAAACUCAGUUUUAACACGUUAUGUCAGAGUCGUUGAUUUUGACACCACACUAGCAAAGACUUUAACAUCCUGGUGCUUAAAAUGGAUGAUGUGAGCCAAUAAAAUCAGCCACACCUUCAUUUAUUCAUAGCUCUGAGCUGUUCAGGGCAAAAAUAUCUGUCCUGUGUGAGUUUGAAUGACUUCAAUAAGUCCACGAUUUCCAGUUUUUGGUCUGUACUGAGGAGCUGUAACGUACUGUGAAGUCUUUAGCCACCUCUAAGUUCUUCAAGACUAUUUGAGGCUCUUUCAGAGUCGUUUGAAAGACUUUCCCCGAUUUUUAGUUGAGUCUUUGAACCUUUUU